UAGAGUAUGGACUAAAUUGAACUAAGCAUGAACUAUUGGGCCUUUAAAAGGAAAUCAGAAAACUCCAAAGUUUAAGAAGGCAUACAAGGAAUGAAAAAAUAUGUCGGUCAAAAUCUCCCAAGGGCCAAGGGCCAAGGCCCAAUGCCCAAGGCCUAAACCUUCUCUAUAUAUUUCCCUUCCUCCCUCCUCUUGCUUUGCUCUAGUGCUGCUUCUUUUGCUGUUAAUAUAUUCGCUCUUCUUUUUUACAAAAUUACAAUGGCCAAAUCUAUCGCUUGCUUUGUUCUCUUAGCUCUCAUAGCCAGCUGCGCUCUCGGUCAAGCGCCCAGCUCUGCCCCAACUAAGUCACCGCCGUCCUCUCCAACUACAGCUCCCAAGGCCUCUCCAACCAAGGCUCCCGCCGCUUCUCCACCGUCAACCACCACACAAUCCCCGUCUUCAACUCCUAAAUCUUCUCCAACUUCCUCUCCUACCAGUUCUCCUCCCGCUCCUCCCAUGUCUCCUGCUGGUGCUCCCACGGGCGCUGUUCCUCCUACGUCCUCCAUCAGCCAGCCACCAGGCCCGUCACCCACUUCUCCUCCAAGCGCCGCCGCUUUAAACAGAGUCACUGUCGCUGGAUCUGCUGUUACAGUGGUUUUGGCGGCUGCUGCUUUGUUGAUGUAGAUCUGACUUCGUGGAGGACUUCGAUUGUUGAUUUGCAUUGUAGGCCAUUGCUAAAUUCUUAUUUUUAGUAGGACUUUUAGUAGAGCAUUUGUUUUCUUUUAUUUUUUGUUAAUUUUUAGUUAUAUUUGACGGUUGAGAUUUGAUUCCUCUCGGUUGCUAUUAUUUAUAUUAUUAUAUUUAUAUUUACA